GAGGGGAUCACAGAGUUGUCCAGCCGCCAAGGGUCGGGGUGCAAGGAGACUCAGAGCUGAGGGUGAUGAAACCUUGCUAGCGAGCGAGGCUGCGGUGGGCUCUGCUGGAACCUGUGAUAAGAUGUGCAGCUGUUACUUUGAGGUUGGGAGGCUGGAAGCCCACAGGAAGUGACUCGGUACAGAGCUGAUGAGUCUUCAUACCGGCACCCGUCCUGGGAGAGGAGCUGCAGGCUGGUGUGGCUGUGGGGAUGUCCAUGGGGCACUCAGAGCCUCGGCCGGAGGGACAGGGCCGGCACUAUGGGGCUCUGGCCUCAGACCAGCGAUCCACUGCGACGGCGCCUGCUCCCUGGAGCCUGCCCCGCAGGAGAGCUUACGUGGCAGCUGCAGUGCUUUGCUACAUCAACCUCCUGAACUACAUGAACUGGUUCAUCAUUGCGGGAGUGCUGCUGGACGUGCAGAAGUUUUUUCAGAUCAGAGACAGUAACGUGGGCUUGCUUCAGACUGUCUUCAUCGGCUGCCUGCUGCUGUCUGCACCCGUGUUUGGCUACCUGGGCGACCGACACAGCCGCAAGGCCACGCUGACCUUCGGGAUCCUGCUGUGGUCAGGAGCUGGCCUCUCCAGCUCCUUCAUCUCCCGCCGGCAUUCCUGGCUCUUCUUUCUGUCCCGGGGCAUUGUGGGCACUGGCACAGCCAGCUACUCUACCAUCGCGCCCACCAUCCUGGGCGACCUCUUCGUGAGGGACCAGUGGACCCGGGUACUGGCUGUCUUCUACAUCUUCAUCCCUGUUGGAAGUGGUCUGGGCUACGUGCUGGGGUCGGUUGUGACGGAGCUGACUGGGAACUGGCUUUGGGCCCUCCGCGUCAUGCCCUGCCUGGAGGCCGUGGCCUUGGUCCUGUUCAUUUUGCUGGUUCCAGACCCACCCCGGGGAGCUGCUGAGAAGCAGGGGGAGGCGACCACGAAGCGCCCAAGGAGUACCUGGUGUGAGGACGUCAGAUACCUGGCAAGAAACUGGAGUUUUGUAUGGUCGACCUUUGGAGUGACAGCCACGGCUUUUGUGACUGGAGCCCUGGGCUUCUGGAUCCCCAAGUUUCUGUUCGAGGCCCGUGUGGUCCAUGGACAGCAGCUUCCCUGCCUCCGGGAGCCGUGCAACAGCCAGGACAGCCUGAUUUUUGGGUCACUGACCAUCAUGACUGGCAUCAUUGGGGUUGUCCUGGGGGCAGAGGCUUCAAGAAGGUACAAGAAAGUCAAUCCGAGGGCUGAGCCCCUCAUCUGUGCCUCCAGCCUGCUUGCCACAGCCCUCUGCCUCUACCUGGCUCUCGUCCUGGCCCCGACCACCCUCUUGGGCUUCUACCUGUGGAACCCAUGUCCGAAUUGGUCAUGCGAGCCACUUAAACCUGAGACCCAGUUUGUACCUGGCCUGUGCGAUGGGGUCACCAGCUUUAGAAGCAUAGGUUGCUGGUGCUGGAGGAGCGUGUUGGUGCACUUGGGCCACCCCUGCCCUUGUACAAUUGGGGAAACCAAGGCCCAGAAGGCAGUGACAUUUCCAGGGUUACCCAGCGAGGUGUUCCUGGCCCUUGGAGAGCUGCUGCUAUCCUGCAACUGGGCAGUGGUUGCUGACAUCUUGCUGGCAGUUCAGCUGGUGCUGGAACUUGCCCCCUGCAGCUUCCACCCGGCCCCCUACCGAGCUGCUCCCUUUGCUGCAUGACAGCCCCACAGGUAUGUGAAGACCCUGCCUGUGGCCCCCCAUGUCUGUGUGUGCAAGAAUGAUUAACCGGGCAGAGCUGUGAGGGGUGCUGAGGUGGGGGAGGGGCUACAGGGCUGGCCAGCCGUGUUUGGCUGAUCUGGCUCUGCUGGGGAGCUGGCUGGACAUGAUCUCGUUCACCCCAGUGCACCCCACAGUCCCACCUUGGCUGGAGGCUUCCAGACCCCAUGCUUAGGAAGGUCUACCACCCCAGGAAGGCUUCUUGGCCACCUCUACCUUCCCACCUUCCUGAAGCCCCUCUGUCCAAGGUUGCCUUUCUGCUCUUCAGCACUCAGAGCUAGACCAAACCUUGCAGCCCAUGGAGUUUGGCUCCCCCAUGUUGCUGUUUUCCUGGCAAAGAAAGUGGAAGAGGCAGGAAGGCUGGUUGGUUGGGGACCCGGUCUGUAGAGCAGAGGGGCAGACGCCACAUUGGAGUGGGCUGAGGACAGGGUGGGAGGGUGAAGAAGGAGGAUCGGAGUGUAGUCAAGCCCCUCAAGAAGCUGCAUUGAGAGGAGAGGAGAGGAGAGAGAGGGUGGUCUCUGGGGUGGGCAGAGGGUCAGGGGAGGCUGGUGGUGCUCUUCCAGAGGCCAAGCAGCAGCAAGCCCCCAGAGAAGGGAGGGAAUGGCUGAAAGGGAGUCCCUGCAGAAAGGGUGAGCAGGGAGUGGGACCCAGAGCUGAGGGGGGAACUAGCCUCAGAGAGGAGGCCUGAAGCUCUUGCACAGAGGCAGCAGGGUAGGGACUGUUUGGGGGCAGGAAGUAUGUGGGAAAGGGGGUGGGUGACGGGAAGUGGAGAGAGGUCCCACCUGCUGGCCUGACCUUGAGGAGCUGAGCUUCUCAUCCGGCAGGGCCCUGAGGAGAGCAAGAAGGACCCGGAGAGUAUGUGUGUAUGUAUAUGUGUGUAGAGAGAGAACAGAAGCUGAGAGAAGAGGGAUAUUCAGGUGAACAACUCCAGGCUGGAAAGGAAGCCAAGGGUCUGACAGGAAAACAGGUGGAGAGGCUAUAGGUCUCUGGAAGGUGGGGAGCCUAUGGGUGGGAUCAGAGGGUGAGAGGGUAGCAUAGCCCAGGAGCUAAGACUCUGGAGCUGACCACUUGUUCAUUUCCCAUACCUGCCACUCACUAGCUGUGUGACCCUGGCCAAGUGACUUAACCUCUCUGGGCCUCCCCAUCCUCAGCUGUAAAAUAGGUAGGAUGGCUAAAAGAAACAGUUGCCGUUCAAUCAGCCCUGACUCAUGGGACUCCAUGUGUGUCAGAGUAGAACUGUGCUCUAUAGGGUUUUCAAUGGCUGUUUUUUCUGGAAGUAGAUUGCCAGGCUUUUCUUCCGAGGUGCCUCUGGAUACACUCAAGGGCAUGGCUCUUUUUCGAUCCACUUAUCCACAGGGAGGAGAAUCUAGAUUCUCUCUGAGGAAGGGAUCUCAUGGGCUCGCUGUCCAGUGAUUCUCAAACUUCACCGUGCAUUAGAGUACCUGGGGUUGUGGGUUGUUGUUAAAUGUUGUCGAGUUGGUUCCAACUCAUAGCAGCCCUAUGCACAACAGAAUGAAACACUGCCCAAUCCUGUGCUAUCCUCACAAUUGUUGCUAUGUUCGAGCCCAUUGUUGCAGCCACUGUUUGUCAGUCCCUCUCGCUGAGGGCCUUCCCCUUUUUUGCUGACACUCUACCAAGAAUGAUGUUCUUCUCCAGGGACUGGUCCCUCCUGAGAACAUGUCCAAAGUAUGUGAGACAUAGUCUCGUCAUCCUUGCAUCUCAAGAGCAUUCUGGCUGUACUUCCAGGACAGACUUGUUUGUUCUUCUGGCAGUCCAUGAUAUCUUCAAUAUUCUUUGCCAACACCAUAAUUCAAAGGCAUCAAUUCUUCUUUGGUCUUCCUUAUUCAUUGUCCAGUUUUUGCGUGCAUAUGAGGUGACUGAAAACACCAUGGCUUGGGUCAGGCGCACCUUAGUCUUCAAAGUGACAUCUUUGCUUUUUAACACUUGAAAGAGGUCUUUUGCAGAAGAUUUGCCCAACGCAAUUAGUCCUUUGAUUUUUUGACUGCUGCUUCCCUGGUUCGUUCUUUUGGCAGUCCACGGUAUAUUCAAUGAGGUGGAUUGACACAGUGGCUGCAACAAGGAGCUCAGGCAUAACAACAAUUGUGAGGAUAGCACAGGAUUGGGCAGUGUUUCGUUUUGUUGUGCAUAGGGUCGCUAUGAGUCGGAACCAACUCGACAGCACCGAACAACAACAACAACAACAACAAGCUUCCGUGGUGUUGUCUGUGGAUAUAGUAAAAUGAAAUCCUUAACAACGUCAAUCUCUUUUCCCUUUAUCGUGUCGUUUUGCAUUGGUCCAGUUGUGAGGAUUUUAGUUUCCUUAUGGUGAGGCGUAAUCCUUACUGAAGGCUGUAGUCUUUGAUCUUCAUCAGUAAGCGUUUCAAGUCUUCUUGGCUUUCAGCAGGCCAGGUUGUGUCGUCUGUAUAUGGCAGGUUGUUAAUGAGUCUUCCUUCAAUCUGGAUGCCAUGUUCUUCUUGUUACAAAUUCAGAUUCCAGGCUGUCUGUCCUCAGAGUCUGAUUCAGUGGGUCUAUGAGGGGUCCAGGGAUCUGCAUUUCAACUUCCCAAAUGAUUCUGAUGUAGGUGUGCCUCAGAGCACACUUUGAGAAACACUGGUCUUUCUCAGCCAGCUCCCCAAGUCCACAAAUUCUCCUCAAAAUUCCAAUGAGUGCAGUUCUGCUUUUGUUUACAUACUCCUCUGAUGGGGAGCUCACUCCCUGCACCCCGGGCAGCCUCUGCACACUGGCAGCUCUGUUGACAAAAAUGAUCUAGUUCGGUCACAGCUAAGACAAUCUCCCCUGCCCCAGCUUAGCCCUUGGACUCGAAGGGACUGGCUCCCUGGCACACUGAUAUUGUCUGCCAUGCCAGCUUCUCCCUAGGCUGAGCACCCUGCCUCCCCAAACCAACUGAUGGAGUCCCCAGUUCCCUCCCAACCCACCUGUCUGUCUGGACCCUGCACCCUUGGGGUGGCCCAGAGCCAGCUUAGGCCACUGCCCCCCUCCCCCCAGCAAUGCAGAGCAGAGAGAGAAAGCGUGCCCCCUCUUUCCCAGGCCUGUCGUCUGGGUGUCUGGAAUCCAGCCACAAGGCUCAGCUCCUACCUCCUCAGCAGAUUUUCCCAAAUCCCCCUGGAGGGCUAUCACCCCCUGUGCUCCCUCUGCCCCACGUCACCAUGUGUCCCUGCUCAGCCUCUGCCCCCAGGGGCUGUCUGCUCACUUGUCUGUCUCAUCUCCUAGGGGUGUAGGGGUGUGAGGCUGCGUGGAGAGCAGGAGGCAGGCUGCCAGGUAGUCUGCACCUGGUGGUUGCCGCUCUGACUUUCUGUAGGCCCGUCGGUGGUGCUGGUUUUGCCCCACAGUAUAAAGGGAACAGCUCUUCUAAGAAGGGAGAGCCAAAAACAGAGAUGUGUUUGCCUCAGAAUAGAGUGAGCCUAGAGUUUUGGGAACCCAAAAGCCUCUUACUUCUAAAAUUACUCCCUGGGUUGUCUAGCUCCUGGUGGGGGCCAGCCUUGGCCCCCUGGCUGUAUGGAGAAAUCAGGACACAGAACAGGUUGCGGGGGACCUACCUGUCCCACAACUGGCAGCAGCAGCCAGUCUGGGUCCAUCAGGUUGAGGUUUCUGGGAGGAGAGGAAGAGACCGAGGGUCCGAGAAGCCUUGGCCCCCACCGUGGACUUUUUUGGACAUCUAGGGCCCACCCUCUAGGAGGCACUGCCCUUCUCCCCAGAACCACCAGUGAGUAAUCACAUAAUUAUGGGGUGAGAAGGAAGCACGGGUGGAAGGUGCAAAGCUGCGGUCGAUUCCUUCUCAGCCUGUUGGCAGGUCCCAGCGAUGGGCGGAGGCUCAACUUUCCUCAGGGCCUGGACAGGGCGGCUCAGGGCCAGCACCCACGGUGACUCCUGCCCCUCUGCCCUGCCCACCCCUCUCACCGGACCCCUGCAGCUCCCAGCCCCUGGGUUACUGCCUCCACACCUUUGUCCCUGCCUGGCCCCUGCCUGAAAUGUCCUUCCCCUCCCUCUGCCCGUUGCUGUCCUGUCUACCUACAGGGUGAGGGAGGAGCUUGUCUGCUUUCUCCUUCUCUCCAUUUUCCAAGUGUUCUAAACAAACAUAGAAACAUUUCUGAAAAAGCUCUUCCUUCCCUGUGACACUAGAGUGGUCAAAAGGCCAGGUCCUGGAUCAAUCUCAGUCAUGCUAUUUCCUGGCUGGAUGACCCUGGACGUAUUACUUAAUCUCCCCGUGGCCUCAAUUUCCUCAUCUGUAAAGUUGAGAUAGUAAUUAUAUCUCCUUCAUGGGUUGUUUGAGCUGAUAUAUCGAAUGCAUACAGGAAGUACUCAAUAAGUGAUAGCAAGUAUUACUAUUAUCCUUGUUAUUGUUCUCUGAAGGGUUCAGAUUUAAGGACACCUAGGCCUUGGGGACGAGCCCUGGUGGCACAGCCAGUUGCUAACCAAAAGGUUGGUAGUUCGAACACACCGGCCGCUCCAUGGUAGAAAAGAUGUGGCAGUCUGCUCCAUUUACAGCCUUGGAAACCCUAUGGGGGCAGUUCUACUCUGUCCUAUAGGGUCACUGUGAGUGGAAUUGACUUAAUGGCAAGGUUUUUUUUUUUUUUUUUAGGCCUUGGGGAUGGAGCUCUAGGAUUGAAGCUCCUCGGUGGCUGCCCUGCGGCCUGUGUCCCAAGGAACCUCCUUCUCUCCCCUCCCCUCCCCCGCUACAGCCCUGGGUUGAGGCAGGGAAUUCUCCUGGGACCAGCCUCCAAGAUGGUUCUACUUGGUUGCUUUGAUUUGCAACCCUUCUGCUAAUCCCUCUGUGCCUGGUACCCCGCUGGACCCCAGGGACCUGAGGGGAAUUAGACAAGGGGCUUGCGAUUGAGGACCUGACUAGAAAGUGCUGGGAGUAAGGGGGACAGACAAAGAAAGGAAACCACCCAGCUCUGAGUGACGUGCGCUCAUGCUUGUGGGUGCUCAGGGCAAGCAUCUGAACUCUGAGACAGCGUCACAGAGGAAGUGACUCCAGAGCUAUGUCCUGAAGGACAAGUAGGGAUGCUCAGCUGGACCGAGAGGGGAAGGUGUUCUGGGCGGAAGUCUCCAAAACCCAAACCAAAACAAAUGAACAAAUAAGCCAACCAAAUCAAUUGCUGUCGAGUUGAUUCGAACUCAUAGCAACCCCAUCCGUGUGUGUCAGAGUAGCGCUGUGCUCCAUAGGGUUUUCAAUGGCUGUAAUCUUUGGAAGUAGAUCACCAGACCUUUUUUUCUGAGGCAACCCUGGGUGGAUUUGAAUGUCCAACCUUUCAAUUAGUAGCUAAGUGCUUAGUCAUCUGAGCCACCCAGAAGUCCCAGUGUGCUCAAAUGCCUGGAAGCAUUCUGCCUCCCAAAGUCAUAGGGUGUUAUUUCAGUAUGAUGUCAACCUGAAGCCUUCGGGUACCAGAUUAAAAAUAAUAACAUAACCCUGGAGGUAGGUAGUAUUAUUACUCUCAUUUGGGAGUGAGGAGACUGAGGCACAGAAAGGUGAAGUAACUUUCCCAAAGCUACACAGCUAGUGAGUGGGGGGAUCUGGGUUUGGAACUCAGACUGACUCCAGAAUUCAUAUUCCUAACGGCCGCCUCCCAGGUAACUGGCCCCAUGGAGUGUAUGAGAGGGUGGAAGUCCCCGCCUCACCCUCUUCCAUGGAGUCAUCUGGGCCUCUCCAGCCAGGCUUUUUUGGUCACUGCCCAGCUGGGCUGGAACUUUCUGAUAGAACGGCUGAGCCCUCUGCACCGUGCCUGCCCAAUGGCCACGCAUGCAGACACGUGGCUGUGCGUGGCUUCUUACUCCGCCAGCCUGCACUGCUGCCUCCUGGACCCCUGAGCUGGGCUGCCCUAUGACUCCCGUCACAGCCAUGCCUGGUCCCUGCCCAGGCUUUUUUGUGUGCGUGUGUGAUAAAAUGCAUAAAACAUAAAACUUCGUGUGUUAACCACAAGUGUACAAUUCAGUGGCGUUAGUUACAUCCACAAUGCUGUGCAACCAUCACAGCUAUUUGUUUCCAAAACUUUUGUGUCAUCCCAAACAGAAACUUUGUUUGCAUUAAGCAUUAACUCCUCUCCCCCUCCCCCUGGCAACCGCUAAUCCACCAUCUGUCCCUGUGCAUGUCCCUGGAUGUUUCAUGUAGGUGGGACUGUACAGUAUUUCUUCUUUUGUGUCUGAUUUAUUCCAGCAUAAUGUUUUCAAGGUUUAUCCACGUAGUCGUAUUGGAAUUUCCUUUCUCUUUAUGGUUGAAUAAUAUUCCAUUGCACGUAUACGCCACCCUUCAUUCUUCCGUUCAUCAGCUGGUGGACACUUGGCCCCUUCCCAAUUUGAGAGCAAAACCUUAAGAGGGGGCCUUGGCACCCCAUCCCAGGGCACAGGACUGGUGUUCUAAUGGUGGCCACUCACUUGGCCAACCUGUCUCACGUCCAGGCCAUUGUCCUUGGCAGGUGGGAAACAGGAGGUGGGUGUGAGGGGUCUCCACUGUCUGCUCUGGCUUGGGGAGCUUCCCUGGUGUCCUGU